AUGGAGUCCUGUUCCUUCCAAACCUCUCCCAAUACAGUGAUACAUGCCCAAAUCACCCGGCCAGCCAAGGAACACUCAAAGCCCCUUCUCUUGUUUCUUCAUUACUGGGGUGGUAGCUCGCAAACAUGGCACAAACUCACGGACUUGAAUUCGUCGACUUCGCUGAGUGAGCUUCAUCCAACGAUCGCAAUCGACCUACGAGGCUGGGGUCAAUCAAACGGCCCAAGUGAUGAAAGCAGCAAAGCUUACUCAAUUAAUGGGAUGGCUAGUGAUGUCGCUACUCUUAUAACACAUCUCAACAAAGACAAAGCUAGACAUGAUCUCCUCGAGCAUGGGCUGCUUCUCGUGGGACAUUCGAUGGGCGCAAAGGUCGCACUCGCAACCAUCGGGCUGUUGGGUAACGAUCUUCGGAAAUUUCUUAAAGGGCUCGUUCUCAUCGGACCAGCACCUCCAAUUGCGCUGGAUCUGCCUCCUGACAUGAAAGCUCAGCAGCUACUGGCAUAUGAAUCCGAGGAUAGCGUUCGGUGGACGGUGCACAAUGUACUCGCGAAACCUGAAAAUCUCUCCGAUUCUGAUAUUGAAUUGGUGGUCCGCGACAGCUUAAGUGGCACCCCGUUUGCCAAAGCCGGUUGGCUUUCCUACGGUAUGCAGGAGGACAUCUCGCAGGACGUCCGCAAAGCUCUAGCUUCUCGGCCUGGUAUGCGAGCUAGUGUGAUUGUGGGAGAGCUCGAUAUAGUCGAGACCAGAGAGAGGGCUGAGAAAGAGGUUGCUAAUUUCUUACGUCAAAAUGGAGUCGAGGUCUCGUUGACCGUUGUGGAGGGAGUUCGGCAUUUGAUACCUCUAGAAAAUCCCGAGUCAAUCUACAAAGAGAUCUGUCGAUACUGGUGA